AUGAAACAAUACCAAAACUUAACAGACAAAACCAGGUUACUCCGAAUAGGUCACACAAACCUAACGCACAUUUAUCUGAUCACCAAAACUGACCCAGAGUUAUGUCCAAAAUGUAAAGAGGUUCUGACUGUGCAACAUCUCAUGAUAGACUGUAGAAGACUAAUCCAGGAAAGAUCCAAUGAAGGAAUAUCAAAUGACAUGAAGACAAUACUCAACAACCAAGAUCAAUGCCAUCAAGUCGCUAAUGACCUUGUUGGAAAUAUCCCUUUGAAAAAAUUUAUAUUGAUAGAAAGGCUUCCAAAUACUUAUGAAUCAUAA